AUGGGUAUGGUUGACCUUCUCUAUCGGAUUCGCCACUCACUACUCGUUCAAUGGCUAACCAUCUGUCUCGGGACAUACACAGUUCACGCCGUUCUUUCACAGCCCUCGAGGCGCACACCCUCGCGGUCUGCUCUUUCCCCCGGUCCUGACCAUGCGAGCAUUCCCGUAUCGUCCACCUCCCACCCGGACAACCCGGUUCCGGAGGAGCCCCGCGGCGUUCGGUCGCUAUCUAUCACCGACAUAAACUUCAGUACAUCCUCUCUGUCUCUCUCCUCGCCAGACACCGACUCUACUGGCUCAGAGACACCCUCUGUCCAGACUCCUGCCACGGAUUUCCAGUCCGACGUUGAGGACUUUGCCGGGAAGUCUUCCAUUGAUGAUGGUCCAGAGAAGCAGCGCCGUGCAUCCACGGUGCUUAUCUCCCAGAACUCCGAGGACAUGAGGCGUGUGCUUGAAAAUGUGGGAUCCAGCGGUACCCAGAAGCUCCAGCCUCUUUGCUGCGGUGGUGGAUGCUGCCGUAGCCAGCCAUUGGCGCGCAUCGCUGCCCCGGCCCCCAGUGGGGAUACCGUGACUCCUCCAGAUAACAAGGCCUAUCACGGCCUGGAGCUGCGGGUCGAUUAUCUCACAAUGGACAGUGAGCUGACCAACAUCGCCGAUCUGCCGGAGAAGACUGUCUCCUUCUCCGCCAUCCCAGCGUCGGCCGUGGACAUGCAAUUGGGCCCUGCCGACCAUCCCCCUCCUUUCGUGCAGCCCCACCCCCCAUAUAACGUCUACCGGGCUCCCGUGUUUCAUGCGCGCGAGCUGACCCAGGGCGGUGCGGAGAAGAGGACCUUCCACUUUGAUAUCGACGUGACCGACUAUCCUACCGAGAGCGGCGACGUUGACUUUGUCGUGGGUGGCGCCAUUGGAGUGUGCCCCCGGAACAAGGACGAGGAAGUCGAUGACAUCUUCAACCUGCUGGGUGUUCCCAAGUCCAUCCGCGACAAGAAGAUCACCGUUCGCACCGCGAACGGCCGCUGGCCCACUAUCUGGGGCGACGACCAGCCCCGUGAGCUCAUCACGACCCGCAGGGAGCUGCUCAACUGGUGCUCUGAUAUCCAAAGCUAUGCCCCCACCAAGGCUCUGUUCCGCUUGCUCGCCGAAUACGCGAGCGAGCCCAGCGAAAAGAAGAUCCUCAUGUUCCUGGCCUCCGCCCAAGGCCAGGGUGCGUUCUGUGACCUGCGCACUAGCUCGCACAUCACCGUCUCCCAGCUGCUGCACGCCUUCCCCUCCUCCCACCCUCCCCUGGACCACCUCCUGUCCGUCCUCAACACCCUCAUGCCUCGCUUCUACUCCCUCUCCCAGGACCCUCUCCUCUCCUGCAAGCAGAAGGGCACGGAGACCCGUCGUCUGGUCGAAAUCGCCGUCUCCGUCGCUGAAUCCAACGAUUGGAAGGGCGGUUUCCGGACCGGCGUGGGCUCCGGUUACCUCGAGCAGGUUGCCCGCCAGGUGAUCGAGGCCGAGAAGAAGGGCAUCGACCCGCACACCCUCGACAUCCACAUCCCCAUGUUCCGCGGCCUGAUGGCCAACCCGCUGGCGAAGCGGUUCGCGUCCGACGGCCCCAUGCUCCUGAUCGGCGCGGGCGUGGGCAUUGCUCCGUUCCGCGGCUUCGUGCAGCGCCGUCUGCAGUCCGCCAACUGCGCGAACAAGGUCUGGGUGUUGCAGGGCGUCCGCGACUCCCUGCUGGACGAACUCUACCGUGGCGAGUGGGGCGUCGAAGAAGAGAAGGUCCGCACGGUCGUCCAGAGCCGUCGUGGCGAGAGCAAGUACGUCCAGGAAGAGGUCCGCAACCAGGCCGAUCUGGUCUGGUACGUUGUCAACGCCCUGGACGGACGUGUCUUUGUCUGCGGCAGUGGAAAGGGCAUGGGCGAGGGCGUCGAGGCCGCUUUGGUCGACGUCGCCAUGGCUAAGGGUAACCUUAACAUGGAGGAAGCGAAAUUGUUCUGGGAUAACAAGAAGGAGGCUGGACAGUACAUUGCCCACCGACUAAUUCUCCCAACAGGAAACCUGGUAAUUGGUCUGUUGGCAACAGUAUAUAUACUAGAUACCUUUGUAACUGUCUGCAAGCCUGCAACCGGCUGGAAGGGAGCCUGGGAGUUGCAGCGGGAUAGUAUCAUAGUACUGCUAUGGAUGGAGAAGGAUGUCGGAUACCCAUUUCGCUCCCACAAUUACGAAAAGAUAACCCCCAGGUUGAGAUCUGAUCAGGAGAUAUAUCUGCUUCCUGUGCUAUCUUAA